CGGAGAGCAACGAAAAAUAGAGAAUCAAUGUACCGACAGCGACAGAGGACGCAUGUACCGGGUAACGGAUAACGGAUAAUAUUAUUUUCCAGAUCGCUCUUCCAUUUCGCAUUUCAAGUUUCGAGUUCCGAGUUCGCGUGUGCAAGGAAAGUGUGAUAGCCGAAGAAAGCGCAGCAGAAGCAGCCUCUUUGGAAAAACAUACAUUAGACAGGCAGAAAAUUAAAAAAAAAAGCAAAUAAAAUGGCAACUGAAGUAGCCCAGAUUCCCGCUGAGGAAACGCCCGCGGUGGCGGCCAGCACAGAAAACGCGGAGCAGGCCGACAAGCCUGCAGCGGCGACCGAGGCCGCCCCCGCAGCCGCCGCCCCUGCCGAGAAGGAGGGCGCGGGCGAUGCUGCCCAGGACAAGGAUAACAAAGAGGAGAAGGCGGACGCCGCUGCCGGAGACGGUGAGGCCAAGAAGGAGGAGGCCACAGCGGUGGCCAAGACGGACGCCCCGCCGCCCGCACAGAAGUUCAACGUGCACAAGGCAAACUUCGAGAAGGACAUCAUCUAUCUGUACCAGUUCUCACGCACCCCUCUGCUGCCCUCCCUCUCGCCCUACUGCCUCAAGGUGGAGACCUGGCUGCGCCUGGUGGGCCUAAAGUACGAGAAUGUUGAUCAUAAGAUGCGUUUCCGCUCCAAGAAGGGUCAGCUACCGUUCAUCGAGCUGAACGGCGAGGAAAUCGCCGACUCUGCCAUUAUCAUCAAGGAGCUGUCGGCCAAGUACGAUAAGAACCUGGAUGCUGGACUGACCGCCGAGCAGAGGAAUGUGUCCUACGCCACCAUUGCCAUGUUGGAGAACCAUCUCAUCUGGAUCAUCUUCUACUGGAGGGCCAAGUAUCCGGACAAUGUGCUCAAGGGCUACAAGGUCAACUUGCAGCACGCCCUGGGCCUGCGGCUGCCCAACUCCAUUCUCAACUUCUUCUUCAAGAUCACCUUUGGUCGCAAGUGGUUCCAGGGCACGAAGAAGCUGAAGGCGCAUGGCAUCGGUGUCCACAGCGCCGAGGAGAUCGAGGAGUUCGGCAAGAGCGAUCUGAAAGUGCUCAGCGAGAUGCUCGACUGCAAGCCGUUCUUCUUUGGUGACGAGCCCACUACCUUGGAUGUGGUCGCGUUUGCGGUCCUCUCGCAGCUCCACUAUCUCUCCAAGGACAUCGCAUAUCCUCUGCGCGACUACAUGACUGAGAAGUGCCCCAACUUGAUUGGCCAUGUUUCGCGCAUGAAGGACAAGUGCUUCCCCGACUGGGACGAGAUCUGCACGAAGCUGGAUCUGAAUGCACACAUUCCCAAGCCAGAGCCAGAGACUAAGGAGGGCAAGGAAGGCGGCGAGCAGGAGAAAUCAAAUGAGCAGGAAGGCACCGAGGGCGACAAGAUUGAGAAGGAGUUGGAGAAGGACAAGUCGAACGAGAAGGAGUCGACCGAGGAGAACAAAGAGAAGGAGGAAACAAAGUAAAUUCGCCGUUAGUUAUAUUCGUACAUAUAUCUAGUAUAUGUGUAUGAUCGAGAGAAAACACCCCACAUACACACACAUUAUAUAUAUAUACAUAUGUAGUACGAUACUAUAUAGUAAGGCCCUAUAUAGCUAGGCGCUGCGCUCUCAUAUAUAAGCAUUCAGACAUCAGAAAACCACUCGAAACACAAAAAACAAAAACAAAAAAUGAAAACACCCAUUUACAAACCUAGGACAACUGUAAAGCAAACGCAGGCAAAACCAUCAAAACGAUCCACUAAGUAAUUAAAAAAGAAAAGGGAAAAAAAACAAAAAAAAAGUAUAUACAAUAACGUAACGUAAAAACUUUGGACAUCUUUUUUUAUAUAUAUACACGACGACGUUUGUAUUAACAGAACAAGAAACGUAAAAAAAAACCAUUUAGUAUAAAAUUAUAAAAGUUUAUACGUAUAAAUAUUAAGAUGAAUGAGGGCGAAUAGAUGGAGAAAUUAUAAAAAAUUAGUUAAAGAACUCGAAUAAAACAAAAAGAUGAAGUGAGCUAAACGUGAGUAAAAAACAGAGUGAAGGCAGAUAGGAAGGAUGAAGGAUGUAGGAGAGUAUAGGAGGACGGAAGGUGUAGAACAGCAUACAUUACGCAUUAAUCAUUAGUUUUCAUUCAAAGCGCUCUAUAUAAUACACUCAUCCACAUUCUCACACUCUCACAGACACUCACACAGACACACUCACAUAUAUAUAUAUAGCAUAUGCAGCAACAAUUGCAACUCGAUGGUAUUGUUUACUCUUCCAAAAUUGAUUAAGCUUAAAGUAAAAAAAAAACAAAAAAAUAAUAAAAAUGGAAAGGAUCCCAAAACCAGUACGCGAUAAACGAUAAACGAUAGGAGGAUAUGAUAUGAUAUAGUGACGGUGGAGUAGGGAUGGAAUGCAAUGGGAAUGAUAUAUGAUGAGAAGAAUGGUAUAGGAACGAUAUAAUGAUAUAACGGAACGCCGGCAAUUAAGUUUAUUUUUUAUAUAUAUAUGAUUGCAAAUAGUAAUUUUGAUUCUCGUGUGCAAAUAAUUAAAAAUGCUGAUAAAAUUUAUUACUUAUAAUUAUAUACAUAAACCUUAUAUACGCCCAUUAUGCAUAAAUAUGUGUAUAAAAAAAACAGAGGAAAGAAAGAAAAACCUAACAUAAAAACAGUAUGUUGGUGUUUUUUCUUUUUUUUUUUAUAUUAUGAUUAUAUUUUAUUUCUAUAAAUAUUAUUGUAAUUGUAUUGUGUAUUAUGAUUUUGCUAACCAAAAUCCUUUUCGUAUGAGAUGCUCAGAGCGUUGCUUUAUCGAUGUUUCAACAUUUUUUGGUACGUCCACUGAACAAAAUUAUGUACGACUCAUUUAUAUUUUUUCUACUGUCUUGUGUUUUAUACGAUUUAAUUUAAUUAUAUGGAUUAUGCAAAUAUAUAUAUAAUUAUAAACAUAAUUUGUACUGUAAUUAAAACGCUGCAAACAACAACAACAAAACAAACAACAAAA